AUGCAAACUCCACAAUCACUAACAAUGGAUCAAGCGUGCUCGACUUCAUCCUUAGAGAUCUCUUCAAAAACUAAAUUCGCUCUUGAGGCUAGUGCUACAGAAGUUGAAAUUUCUGAUACUGUUCAAAACUUGAGAAAGGACAACCCAAAAAAGCGUAGACGUCUCAUCCUAACUGGUGACGAUGAAGAUGAAGAAGAGAAGGCUGAAGAUGUCCAGCAGGAAAAUGUCAAUCAUCAACCUCUUAAGUGUAAUGAACCAAUGGUGAAGGAUUGGGUAAACACUGAAUAUUAUGUGGAAGAGGCUGUACAAACUGGAGACUUUAAUGACAAAAAUCUCAUAAAUGGUAGGCCAAUGAAGCGGAGGGGAAGAUACAUAGUUGAAAAUGAAGAGGAAGACAAUAUUGAAGUGCAAAGAUGGCGUCACAAACUCCAGUUGCAACAGACCAUUCUCUCCAAUCCAGACCAUCUGAUUCAGAAUAUGCCGAUUGACAAUAUCAUAUUUGUUUGCAACCCCUUGAUGAGCCUGUUUGGAGUUUUCCAAGGGAAACACUACCUGUGGGGAGUGUUUAGGCAAAGAAAAGAUAUUCUUGACAAUGGUGUUCAUGAUGAAGAGCAAGAUGGUUCACAUGUUGUGGAUGCUGAGGAUCAACUGCAGGUGGAGGGUGACCCUGAGGGCACUAAAAGGUGGACCACUAUACUUAUGAGGUGCAGUUUUAAAAAUAUUAUCAUGGCAGCUGGAGUUCUGUCAGAUGACGCAAAAGACAAGGUCCGUUCUCUUGGUUUCGGUGACUUACUGGAUCUCACCGUAGAGAGCCUUCAAAGCAGAGAAAGAAUCAUAUGGCUGGCAGAAAGAUGCGACGUUAGCUCUGAGGGCGAAAGAUUAGUCAUGAAAAUUAACCCUGGCAAAUCACUGGAGAUCACACCAGAGUUGGUGCAUGAUAAACUUGGUAUCCCUCGCGAUUGCGGGGACAAUAACAGUUGCCUGUUGGGUAGCAAGCUAACUGCUAAAGAAAAAAUGAAUGAAUACAAGAAACUAUGUAAUGAGAUGAAAGAAGCUGAUUUUGUGGUGGAUUUUGCGAUCCAGCCAAAGACCAAAGAUGGUAAGAAGCCCAGAAAAGAGAAAGAAACAAGGAUCAAACUGGAUAUUUUCAUCCAGUACAUGAAGGGAAUCAGGGAUGUCGAUAAGCAAGUCAAAUGUUUCUUGUGUAUUUUGAUGAACCGGCUUCUGCUGCCCACUACUUCUGAUUACAUUACAGGUGAGAACAUAGCUUUUUGUUCUGACCUGGAAAGGAUGGAAAAGCAGGAUUGGUGCAAGAUCGUCUGUCAACGUCUGAAGGAUGACAGUCUUCUCCCGGAGCUUGAACAGGAGAAACCACGCAUCAAGCACUACAGUAAAGAGAAACUUCUGAAGAUGCUAGCACAAGCAAAUGAAAAAGAUAAAAUGGAGAAGUGCAAGAAGGAUAAAAAAGAGAAUGAAAAAGAUAAAAUGGAGAAGCACAAGAAGGAUAAAAAAGAGAAGUGCAAGCAGAAGAUGUAUGAUAAUCCAAAACACAAGGAAUCGGAGCAGGACAUAGUGGCACAAAUGCCAUCACUGAAAUAUUUGCUCAAGCCAUUUUUGGAGAAUGUGCCGGAUAUUCUCCGAGAUGAGAUAAACACUGCAGUGGACAAUCAUCAAACUAAGAUAAACACUGCAGUGGAGAAUCAUCAAACUAAGAUGUUUGAAGAGAUGAAUAGCCUCCAGUCAGAGGCAGUUGCAGAAAUAAAGAAGAUUGUGGGAAACUGUAAUAUGAUGUCUGCCAUGUAA